CAAAUAAGAACAUAAACCCUAGACCCAACACUUCUUCUUCUCUAUUUCAGUAUUGCAUUGCUCCCCUCGCUCCCUGCGGCAGACAUAGCCAAAUCUGCAACCAUAUUUGAGUUCUUUCUUCUUCCCUUCUCUCUCUCCAUCGCUGCCAUUAUCGGUCGCCGGUACACCUCCGCACUCAAUUUUCUUUCUCCUCCUCUUAUCCCCCUCUCUACUGCUGCAAAACUCCAUCUCUGGGUCCGUGUCAAGGUUUUCUUGCAGCAAUAAAAGAUGCCCAAGUCGAAGCGUGAUAGACCAGUUACUUUAUCAAAAACCAAGAAGAAAGGAAGGGAACACAAGAAAUCAAUGGUGGAGCUGAUCAGGCAGGCUGUGGAAAAUUACAACUCAAUUUUUGUUUUCACUGUUGAGAACAUGAGAAACCUCAAGUUUAAGGAACUCAGGGAGCAACUGAAGUCAUCUAGCAGAUUGUUUUUUGGAGCAAAUAAAGUCAUGCAAGUUUCUCUCGGUCGAAGUGCUUCUAAUGAGAUUCGACCAGGCCUUCACAAGGUUUCCAAGCUUCUGCAUGGAAAUACUGGACUUUGUUUCACAAACUUACCAAAAGAAGAGGUUGAGAGGUUAUUUAACGAGUAUGUAGAUUAUGAUUAUGCAAGGACUGGAAGUGCAGCCACAGAAAAGGUUGAGCUCAAGGAAGGUCCUCUGGAGCAGUUUAGCCAUGAGAUGGAGCCUUCUCUACGGAAGCUUGGGUUGCCUGUCCGUUUGAAUAAGGGUGUGGUGGAGCUUGUAUCAGACUUUGUUGUAUGCGAGGAGGGCAAGUCUCUAUCACCGGAGUCAGCCGGCAUACUGCGUGCGUUGGGGAUAAGGAUGGCAACUUUUCGGCUGCAUUUGGUCUGCAGAUGGAGCCCCGGUGACUUUGAACUUUACAUUGAUGGACCAGAUAAUUCUGACGUUGAAUCUGCCUAAAUCUCUCCAACAUAUAGGAAUCCCCAUUAUUAUUUACCAAAUUAGGAUAAUAUAUAUGAAAGCAAUGCAAUGCCUCUCCAUGGGAUUCAAUGCCAUAAAAUAUAUAUGAUUGGGAUUCCAACUUCAUCCUUCUGAUUUUGGUUUGUUUUUUAAAUUACUGUAGAAAUAUUAGUCUACUACCAAAUAUUGCUCUUUUAAGUGUUCUCUAGUUCAACAACUCAAAGAAAUCAUCAUUUUUUUUUUUUUUGUGUGUUUAGUGAGAUAGUCAACUGGUACGGUGAUGUGGUAGAUUUUGAAUAGUAUUAUUAAUCCAGUCAUUGGGCUUGGCUUUA